AUGGGAAGCCGUCCCGAGCCCUCGGCUCAGAAAAAGGUUGCCAACGAAGUAAGCGCACAAUCAGAAAAGGAUGGCUGCAAGAAACGUCUUUGGAAACUCACCAGGACUGCCGCACUUCAGAAAGAUGUGUUCUGUCCAUCGGGAUUGGAACACCCUACCAAUGUUCAGGCUUUGAAGAAUGCUUAUGAGUUGAUCAAAUCAGCUAGUCAAGGAAAAUCUGCACUUGACUCAUCAGAUAACUUCAGCACCGACUUGUAUGUUUUAUGUGCUGAACAAGCAUUUCAGCUGGGAUAUCCGGAAAUGAGCAGUGACUGUCUACAGAUGUAUUUUAAAGGAAGAUUUCCUGUGAACCAGUUUCUUGGCAGAGCAUAUUUGUGUCAAGGCCAGUUGCACACUCCACUCUCUACAGAUAAUUUGGAAGAGUUUGAAAAGUUCGUGCUGUUUUUUAUGAAGGCAAUAGAUUUUGCCGCCCAUGAUCGAAGAUACUAUUUUUUGAUAUAUAAUGCCUCAGUUCUUUAUUGGCAACUUGUGAGGCCAUAUCUUAAGCCUGGAUUCCGCUAUUGUCUUAUUCCCAGCCUUUCUCAGAUUGUUAAAGCGUUAAACCAAACAGAAGAGCAAGACAAUGAAUGGAGAGCAGAACUCAUGAUAAAUUUACUUGAGUGCUUCCUUGAUGCUUCAAAACUGAAAGAAGCAAAAGAGUUUUCAUCAACUGCAGCAGUCUUUAUUAAGGAAAACGUUCCAGAUAAAUACUCUGAAAUAUUUUCUCUAAUGGUAUAUCACAAGCUAAUGGAUAUUUCCCAGGUAGAGAAGGAAAUACAAAAUUCCAUCCAUUUUUCAGUUAUUUAUAAAAUGCAGAUGUUAAAAUUGCAGUGGGACACAAAUGAAUUUCCAAGUGAUGCCACCGCAAAUCUGAAUUCUGUAUAUGUACUUUUGAAACAAUACGAUGUACCUCCAGCAUCUGUUCUCAGUGUGAAGAUUCCUUUGAUUCUGGAAUUAGCUCGUUUUUCUAUGAAAGUAAACUGCAUUAAGCUUGCAUAUGAUUGUAUACUGGAUUUGAAGAGAGCUGGGAUUACUGAGCAAGGGAAGCUUAUUGAAAUAGAAUGCCUGGAAUGUGAAUAUGAAAUAAAAAAAAUUGGCACUAAAAUUGUGACUUACACCAAAGGAGUUGUUGAGGCUCAGCUGGAAUUGAUAAAAAAUCUUGAGUUAACCUUAAAACAUGCAGUUCAAUUGGGAGAUCCUGAUGUGAUUCAGGUUGUUUGUACAACCCAGUGGAAUCUGUGCUUACCACUACUGCAACACAAUUUGCAUCAACAUGUGCGAAAGCCAUUGAUAUCAGUUGCUAAUGUCCUUGAAGAGAUUGACAGCAUGUUGGUUUUGUUGCGUUGCCAAGUUCAUAUGGAAAUAGCUCGUAUUGAAGAAGAUGGGGAUAGAAUAGAGGCUGCUGUGGAACAUUUGCAAAAAGCUAUACAUCUAAACAACAGUGGGCAGUAUCAAGAACAUCUAAGAUUGACUUUUAACCGUCUUCGUUUGUGCACUAUGCUGUAUAAGUCACCUGAGCGCCUAGAGGAUCGGGCAGUAAUGAUGAUUGAACAGGCUAAAAGGGGAAAGCAGAAGGAUAAUGUGAGGAAAAAGAGGUCUCUUCUGGUAAAUGCAGGUCUUGCACUAGCUCCUGAUUCAUUUCAAAUAGUCCUUGACAGUGAAAAUGAAGCUAAAGUUUCCUCAGGUAAAAGUAGGAGUCAAAUAAGCUACCUCUGUGCAAAAGCACAACAUCAUAUUAAAAGUGUGGAGAAAGUUGAUGAACAUUUGAAACACUUAAGAAAUGAAAAUGACAGAGAGAGAAUUAUACUUUGGGCAGAUUUGGCAAAAGUUGCACGUAAACAAGAAGUAUGGGAUGUCUGCCGUGCAGCAUGCAGAUUUUGUCUCUUGUAUGAUGAAACUUUGUUUAGGAGGGUAACAAAACCUAAAAAAACACAGAAGAAGAAAGCUAGUACAACUAUGAUGGAUGAUGAUCAAGGUGACAGUUUACCAGGAGAAUCAUUACUACCUGCUAAAUCCUUCUCUUUUGAAAGAGAUUUACUGAGAAUAUUAGCAGAAAUAAGAUUCAUUAAUGCAGAGGCAACUGUUCAUUUAUUAAGAUUGCAGGGAAUUGAACUGAAUGAUCAUGCUGUACCUCCAGAAGAUACAAGCCAGUAUCAUCCAGGAUAUGUUUCAUAUCUUCCUGAAAGUGAUCCAGAAUGGAAAACAUACAGUUUAUGGAUAGACUACUUAUCUCAGUACGCUAUGGAAAACUUCCAACGUGCAGCCGAAAUAGGAGAAGAAUUGAAUGAAGCCUGGAUUGUUCACAAUGCUGUGGUGUAUAUCUUAAACUACAAUAGACAUCUUAUCUCUUCAGGAAGACAGAGGGAAAUUAUUGAAUAUCUGCAGACUCUUCUUGGAGCCAUCAAGACAGUUGGGCAUAAUGGAAGUACUGCGAUUUUAUUGAUGUUAUGUAAUGCUUUGGCUCGGGGCCUAAUUCUUUGUUGGAUUCCAAAGCCAAAACUUAAACAUGAAAAAGCAAAUGUCGUCCAGUCUUUUUCAGUAGAUCCCAGUGGACUUCCUGAUAUCAAAGCUGCCUUAGAGAUUUGUGAAUUUGCCCUAAAUGUGACAACUGGAACCGUAUCUAAUGAAACAGUACCUAUUGCUGCACAGCAACAGAUCAUUGCUACGUGGGUGAAAGCAAAACAGUUACAUCAGCAGCAGAUCAGCUAUAAACUUGGGACUGAGGAGGAGAAUAAUGAUGAAGCACAAAAUCCUAUGGCAAGAAUUCUUGUUGGUCUAGAAAUGUAUUCAUGUAAUGGCUUGGGUCUCAUGGAUUUCACUGUUCCUAGCUUAUCUCAGUUAGUGAAAUUGGCUUUAGAAUGCAGUUGGUCAGAUUCCUUAGUGGAAUUGCAGACACUGACACGACUUACAUAUUUUGCAUAUGUAUCACAUGAAUAUGAAAUAGUGAUGACUUGUUCCAGAAGGAUCUUGCAAUCAGAUGAGAAUUUUUUACAAAACAGAGAUACUAAGAAAUAUGAAAUUAACAGAGUGAGACAAGAAAUGUUAAGCACUACUGCCUGUAUACAAGGAAAGAGUAUAAUGGAAAAUUUGUCUGGAAGAAAACAUUUGCGUGUGGCAGCAUCAAGAGCCUUUGUUCAGAGUGCCAGGUACGCAGGUGAAGCCGGAAAUUAUUCCCUUGUAAUGUUUGCAGCUAGACACUUUUGGAACACAUGUUUACCUUUGCUGGGUUCUCCACAUGACAGAGAGCAGUUUAAAGAACCUACUGAAAUAAUUCUUAAGAAUAUAAUUAAAGCAGAAUCUAAAAAUAAACAGGAGAAGAAAGAUACGUUGCCUUUGCAUCAGUGGAUUACAAAGGAUUUUCAAAGUAUUGGGUUAUCAGUUGGAUGCUUUCUACCAGGUGCUGAGGAAGAUCUGACAUUAAGAACCUCCCUAUAUGGGUUAUUAUUCCACAUAUAUGCUGAUAAAGCUGAUUGGGAGACAGCACUAAAAGUCCUGGAUGAAGCUAUUCAAGUUUUGCCUCAGACAAGACACAGGCUCCUGAUUUUUAAACAUAUGGCUACAGUGAAGGCAGGAUUGGGAUGCAAUUUUACGAUGGACAUUCAGAAAUUCAGCGGUGAAAGUGAAGAUUAUUUGUCACAUAUGUGGCGUCAUUUGGUAACAGUCUCCAGAAGUGUUGUUGGACAGUUAAGCUGUUUUCAAAAUGCAAUUAUUGCUUUACAGAAACAAGAAAAUGAAUGGCAGAAAGUUGAUUAUCUGAUGGAAUUUGCUGAAUGGUUAUAUUGUAACCAGUUUCCCCUCAAUGAUGUUAUUAAAUCUCUGGACUGGGUAGUAGAUCUCUUGCUACAUAUGAAAUUUUCUAUGCAAUCCUCACAAGAAGAAGAAAAAAAUACUACACCAAAAUUUUCACCUACAGAAAAUUUGAAGAUAGACAUUGGAGCAAAUGAUACCAUGCCCCAAAUUAAUUUAGAAGAUUUGAGUAAUAUUAAACAAUUGGAAACUUUGUUUAGAGCACAGACGUUAAUGGCUUUAAUUUCUGGUCAUAGUUCUCCUUUUCAUCAGCAGCACUGUUUGAUGGCAUAUGCUUGUAUCAUCCGUAUCUGGCAGGUAUCGUUGUCAGCAUCAGGACCUAUUACAAAAAUAUUAUCAAAGUCUUCACAACUUACAGCUCCUCAGAAGGUUGAAGUUUCUGUUGUGAAAGAGAAGCCUAGAGGGAAAGGAUCGGUUGAUACCUUACCAGCAAAUGUGGAAGAAUGGGUUGAAGUUUCUGUUGUGAAAGAGAAGCCUAGAGGGAAAGGAUCGGUUGAUACCUUACCAGCAAAUGUGGAAGAAUGGGCUCAUUAUGACUGUCCCAAUGAAAUCAGAGAUACUUUUAAACAGAAAACAAAUAGUUACGGUAUUAACUGGGAUAAUUUCCCAAAACCUACUUGCACUUUGUAUUUUAUGGACCUUUUAUCUAAAGAACUACAGAAAAUUUUUUGCCCCCACUUGAUUCUUCCCGUCUUUCAGCUAGCUGAAGUUAUUGCUAAUGAAGUUGUGGAAUGUAGAAGUCUGUCUGAUCUCUAUCACCUUCGAAUUGCCCUGAUAUGUUCAGACCUAAAACUGAGUCAGGCAUCUUUGUAUCAUGAGAAAGCUGCUGGAGAAGCAUACAUUAAUGAAUUAGAACAAGCAAUGUGUAGGCAAGAGAUUGCGCUGAAAAAAGAAAAAAAAUUUUUUGAGUUAAAUGCGGUAACAGGAAAGGGACUGAGUGCACUUUCUUUCCCUUACUUGUGGAUGGAAAAAGCUGAAGUACUAAUUCAGCUAGGCUUGUAUCAACCAGCAAGACUUCUGCUUUCAGAGGCCCAUGCUGCAACUCAGGAAUUGAGGGCCCUGUACGAUGUGUCAAGGUGCUUGUACUUACUUGCUGUGUUGGCUAAUCUGGAAAGAAACCACGGACAAGCUAAAGCACUCCUUGAGAAAGCACAGCUUCUAGGAGGAAAUGAACAGUUUUGGUACAACAGUACUCUUAGUCUAAUAGAAGCAAUUCUAGAGGAAGAGGGGGAAGGAAAAGCUUGUGAGAUACUGGACCACACUGUAAAUGUGCUCAGAUCUACUUUACUGAAGAGACCUAACAGACAAUCGGAGUUGGGUUUUAUAAUUGCAUCCCUUGAAGCCAGGAAAACACUUAUUCAGAUACAUUUUGCCCAAGAUUGUAUGACAAUUAAUGCUGAGUCUUGUCAGUUGCCACAUACGCUACAGGAAUCUUACAAUAAAUUAGUUCAAAUUGAGAAGGACUUCUUUCAUUAUGGGCAUAAAAACUACAGUGCUGAGAUACUGCUAGAAUGUGCAAAUAUUCACAGGAUGAUUGCCAAGCAGGAAAGAAACAAAGAAGAAAAACAUAGUCACUAUCUAGAUGCUUAUGACUUAGCUCAGAGGGCAGUAUCCAAAACAGAGGAAGUGUUUCAUAAUGUUUGCAGCUUAUUUGCAGUUAAUGAGACUACAAAUAUUAGUAUCCCAUUAAUGAGGCAACUAGCUAACAGGAAGAUAAAUCUUGUAGAAAUUCUUUUGGAUAUUUUUCAUCUUGUUAUUACUGAGAAAAAGCUUAAAAAGGUGGGAGAAGCAUCAUCUCAUAGAAUUGUGGAGGCAUUCAUCAGGGGAACUAUUGAAGAUGAUGCAGCAGAACAGGAUUGGAAGCGUAUGGAAUGCACUGUGGGUCAUAUUGCACUGGCUCAGUUAGCAAAUGUACAGAAUCUUUGUAAAGGCUGUCCUGACAUCAAAUCCAAAUGCCUAUAUCUCACUGGAAAAACUCUUCAUUUACUUGCCAUUAACGUAGAUCCUGUACAUUCAGAGAUUUAUUGGAAGCGAGAUGUUAUGGAAGAAGCUAAAUCAGACAUCACAAAAACUUUCCUGACUUCAGCAGGUUGCAGUGAACAGGAAGUGACAGACAGCAGAUUACCAACUAAUAAAUGUCAAUAUGAUAAGUAUAGGAGGAAAAUACAGGAAUUAAAGAAGGAACAUAGGUUGGCUCAGAAAUAUCUUUCUCAAUCCAGUGAAGCUUUGCUACAGUGUAUGGGUAUUGCAUUCAGUCAUGAUAUUACUGAUGUACUGGCUCCUGCUAGUUUUGAAAUGGUUGAAUGCUUUCGACAGUUUGAUCCAGUUUCAACGAGCCAGUUCUUGGCACUUCAUCAGAGCUGUUCAGCGUCUAUGAUGAUGAAGAGUAUCCUUCUAACAGCUACAUCUAACACCAGCAGCUCUCAGCUGGCAGCAUUACUGCAUCUUCAGAAUCAUUUAAAACAAAACAGAAACACAAGUGAUCUUCUAAAAAAUGUGGAACAGCAACUGACUGCUACUUCAAUGGCAUGGAGAAAUCUCUGUGUUCCUGUUGAACAUUUUAAUAUAAUGGAUGAAUUGCCGUCUGAUUUCUGCAUAAUUAUUCUCCAACAUUCAGAAGACAGAUCAAAUUUGUACAGUUCAUUGAUUGAAAUGCCAAAAGUAAGUACUGCACAGCAAAAAGGAAAACCCACUCAGCCAAUGGUGCAGGCUAAAGUUUCUCGAUUUCCUGUGAACCCUGAUACAUUUAGUAUUUUGUUGGAAAAAGUGCAUCUUUACAAGCAGCAAAAGAUGAAGAGUCAUCUUAAACAGACUGUCAUUCAAAACUUGCAAGAGUGUGUCUCCAAAACAGAUGUGACUCCAACAGAGAAAACAGAUGAUUAUGGACAUGAUUUGACAUCAGAUUUCUCAGAAAUAUUAGAAAUUAUGGAAGAAUAUCUGAAACCGGUACUGUCACAGUUUGAUUUUUCUGAUAUCAGAGAACAGAGCACAUCAGUUUCAGCAGCUGAAUCAGGAAAAAUAAAAGUGAAAGACAAGGACACCAAACACACUAGAAUGCGGGGUACACCUAUGGAUUUAGGAUUGUGUGUGGUAUUACUAGCAGAUACAUUAUUUAUGGAAUUACCUUUGGAAGCUCUGAGGAUCUUUAAAGAGGAAGGAAUAAGUUCUGUAUCCAGAGAUUUUUCUCUCCAGAUUCUCUACAAUCGAGUACAUCUGGCUGAAUCAGAGACUGAAGUUAAAACAGAUGUUGAAAUGUCUAAAGAAACAAAACCAAAAGCUCAUCAGAAAAAGAAUGUCAAAAUGGCACCAGUUAAUCGUGAUUUACCCUCUAAUUGCUUGUCUGUUGACACUCAUAAUUUUAAAUAUAUUGUGGACCCCUAUAAUGAAGGAAGAGAGGCAGAAGCUUUAAGUCCUUCCCAAAAGAUAAAGGAAAUCCUAGAAAAAUACCAUGGCCUAUUUACACUACAGUGGGAAGGAGUUAUUGGCAACAUACGUGUUCCAAGCCAAGCUGAAUGGGAGCAGCUGCUGACAAACUGCAGUGCAUUUCUAUUCUAUGGGAUGGAGAGAUUAAUGUCUCAAAUUUUACUCAACAGAUUGGCUGCUAUGAACAUCCCAAAGUGCCAUUUGAUGAUAAUUCUAGAUCUGGUGCGAUCAAAGCAAAGUUAUCGAAGAAUUACAAACUCUGAUAUCCACAAAAGUUGUCUACAUAUUGCUAUAGAGAGACCAAAAGAGACAGCAAUGCUUCUAAGCCUUACUGGUGUUCGUUCUAUAGUAGCCAACCAGUGGUACACUACCUUGCAAGAGAAUGCAGAAAGGCUAGAAAUUUUGUUUGAGAAACUCACAGAAACUAACAUUUCUUUCCAGAUUUGUUGA